CUGCCGGUUGUUGUAGUCGUGUGUCCUUCCUCCUAUUUUCUCCAGUGGGCGCCGCGGUCAGCAUCGCUCAGUCUGGCGGCGACGGUAUGGCAGCGGGCUGGUCUGUGCGAGCGGCGCGGAGUUGCUUGAGUCCUUUGCUCCAGUUGAAUUACCCUCAGUUCCACUCCAACAGAGGUUUGCUCUUUGCCUUCAGUACUGCUGCUCAACAAAAAAGCACAGGAGACGAUUGUGGCCCAGAAGAUCCUCAGAAUGAAUCUAGACAGACCUUGAAUGGGAACAGUUUAGAGCACAAGGCCAUCAAGCUAGAAGAACAACUCCGUGUCUUAACAGAACGGUACCAGAGAGCCUUAACGGAUUCUGAAAAUGUCAGGCGGAGAACACAAAAGUUUGUUGAGGAUGCUAAGAUUUUUGGCAUCCAGAGUUUUUGUAGAGAUCUGGUAGAAGUAGCAGAUAUCCUGAAGACAACCUUGGAGAGUGUUGUGGAAGAAAACAAUGAUCCAACUCUGACCCUGAAUAAGAUCUGUGAAGGCCUGACUCUUAUAGAAGUCAAACUACAAAGCAUCUUUACUAAGCAUGGCCUGCAAAAAAUGAACCCCAUUGGUGGCAGAUAUGACCCCUAUGAUCAUGAAAUAGUGUGUCAUGUGCCAGCAGAGGAUAUGCAACCAGGCACUGUGGCUUUAGUGACUCUGGAUGGCUAUAAACUUCAUGGCCGCACAAUCAGACAUGCACACGUAGGUGUGGCAGUAGAAUCUCAUCAAUGUGAUGAACCUGCACCUUAGUAAUUGGGAUCCUAUGAACUUAUUUCUUUUGUUGACAUCAUUACUGCUGCUUUAUUUAUUAAGCCACACUGGUAUGAUUUGCUGGUCUGUCAGGAUUGGCGUGAUAAUUUGGCCUUCUCUUUCAAGAUGUGGUUAUUGAAUGUUAGUUUUUCCUAUUGUGUAAAGAUUCUUUCAGUUGUUUCACAAAUGUAAGAAGUGCUGUCCCCUUUUCUGUUAAUUUCAAGCCUGCAUUAAAUUCUUCAAUGGUAGAAAGAGAAAAAGGAAUGUAGGAUGCAUUCCAACAAUGCACAGCUUUCCUUUUCUUUCACCUUUAUGCCUCAGAUCUCCAUCAGAUCUCAACCUUCCAAUCAGAUUUGGGAAGAUAGAAGGCUGCAGGAGAAUAAGAAAUCUGUUCCAGUGUCUGAUGCGCAUAGGAUGCAACUCUUAGUGUUUUAAGAAAGGAAAGGAAAUGUGUUUUGGUCAGGGUAGAGCACAUGGUUUGGGUACAAAUGGUUCCAGGUUUUAUCUCUGGCAUCUUCAGUAAAACAGACUCCAGCCUGAUAUCCUGGAAAGUUAUAGAUAGAAUUGAGCUAUGUGGACCUAGCUUUGCAUCAGGGAGCUUCCUGUAUUCACUAAAAAUGAUCUGAAAGUUAGAGCUCAAUAGAAGAACAGAGUUUUGCUGGAUCAGACCAAGGACCUAUCUACUAUAGCAGCAUUUUCUCCCACUGUGUUCAAUGAGAAAUUCAUAAGCUGCUCAGUGGCCACCAACUUUUUUCUGUGGGAAGUUGCUAUGUUCUUCUGCCUGUUUUGGUUGCCUUUCUCUUCACAAUUAGCAGCUCCACAAUACAUUUUUUAAAUGCAGUGACUAGUACUGUGUUCCAAAUGUUACAGCAUCAUAGAUUUGCAUAAAGAUAUCAAGGAGCAUUCUAAUUUUCAUUCCCGUUACUAAUAAUCUCCAUUAUAAUAUUUUCCACUGUUGCUGCAUGCUUGGUUGCCAUUGUCCUCUAGCUAUCUACGAUACACCAAAGAUUGCAAUCUUUUUUAUAUUAUUAUUUUAUUUUAAUUGCCUUGAAUCAUCUGAUUUGGCCAUUUCAUUGUUCCUAAAUGCUUAGAAACAAAUGACAAGAGUGAUCUUUGAGGACUCUACUACAUACAUUGGUCCAUUAUAAGAAAUGGUUAUUCUUGCACUUUGCUUAUUGUUCUCUUAAGCAGUUUUACUCAGGAAUAGACCUAUUGAAAAGUCAGUCAAUAAAAAUCCCAUUGAUUUUAAUAGGUCUAUUCAAAGAAUGACUAAAUCUGGAUCCUGUUCUCUGAAAGAAGCCUUGCCUCCAAGAUUUAUUUUCAAUUUGCUUAUUAAUCAUAAUCAUUAUAAUUUCCUAAUCUGUGGUGUACAUUUCAUCUGAGCUUUUUCAGUUUACAGUAACCCAGAGGCAUUCUUAUUUGGAUCUCUUCAUUUUUUUCCAUUUCUCAUUUUUUACUCAUGUGAUAUUUGAGAUGUUUUCCUUAAGCAGUGCAGGACUUCUUUAAUGAUUUUUCACCUUUAAAUAUAUGGAAGACGGUAGCUCUGUGGUUCUUUUACAGUCAGCCAAUGACAUGUUUUGGAGAAGAUUCUAGGUACCACUUAACCACUUAAGUCCAAGACUGCCUUCCUGCUGAGCCAUUCUGUUUCCAGCUGUUCUUGGGCAGUUGUGUUUUGACAUGACCUGAGAAUGCAUGCACCAUGCCUGUGUGGCUUGAAGCUUCAACAAUUUUCCUUUUGAAUGCUUCCUAGAUUUGGUUUUGCAUCUCAAAAUUCCCCUGAGUGCUUUGGCCAGUAAAAGAGUAUUCUCAAUGCUAAAUUAUUGUGAAAACUGAUGCUUAAAUAAUUGUUGUUUUCUGGAACUUUUCAAGAAGCUGCUUUCAAGUGGGAUAUGAUAUUUGUCUAUCUUACAAGAAUGCUUUGGCUAGUUAAAAAUUAUAAAACAUUUUGAAGAUGAACAUCUCUUUGGGUACUGAGUAAUAAGGUGGAGUUUAUUAUGCCCAUCCAAAUAAUUUAUGGGGCUGUUUUGCUCUAAAUUCAUUUUGAAUUUGGUCUUCUGCAUUAUGACCUGGCUAUUCCACCAAACCCACAAAUUCUCCAUCGAGGUAUUCCACAUUUCAUAAAAUGGCUUAAUAUAAUAAAAGGUCCUCUAAAUGCUUACAGUGUUUUAAAGUGGGAAGAGUCAAUACCUGAUAUAAAGCACAUGUUUUGCAUGGAACAGGUCAGUUCAUCAAGCUGAAGAAUCUCUCGUAACUAUGUUGUGAAAAAUCUUCCUUAGGGACUAUGUACUGUACUAUCUAACUUGCAAUGACUGGAUUAGAUGAACCAGUGAACAGCAGUAUAAGGAUGAUUCCUGGACUGUUAAACUGCAAAUAAUCUGCCACAAUUUUCCAGUGUGGCUUGACAUGUUAUCACCAGUGAUGGAAGAGGCUGAAUAGUAUAGGCCUUUUUUGUGUGUUUUUUCAGCUUUGAAAUAAUUAAUAUGCAGAUGCUGUUGUGAGCAAUAUUAAUUUAGAAAUGAUUAGAUACCUGUUUUGUGUUUAAUUUAGUCAUUUUUUUUAGAAAUAAUAAAACAGUCAUAGAACCACUGAGUAAAUUCAAUAAAAUUAAUGAUCAAGUCUGA